AUGUCGCGAAUCGGUGCCCUUUCUUGGCUGCUCGUUUUCCUCGUCGCCGCUGUCGCCACACAGCCGUUGUUCGGUUUGGAGAAGCAGUUGCUGUAUUCGUUUCAAGACCCCGAUGAGUUUGAAAUAAUCGCCGCCAACAAACGAGCGCCGCUUCUCAAUCUUGUCGGAUCGAAUGUCCGCUUCACCGAGCCAUUCAAGAAUCGCAUCCUCAAAAAGAAAAUCCGAUCGGUUCAAGUGGACGAUAAACUUUUAGCGCCAUGCCCAAAAGAGGAGUGCCCGCAACUCUAUCACUAA